AUGGCCGCUGUUCAGAAGGUGAGUCCGGCAGCCGAGGACACAAAGGAAGCGGAAGCGCCGCUGCUGGACCUCGAGGCAGUCGAGCGGCGCGUUCGGAGGCUAGAGACGGAGCCCGACCAGGCCACGCUGCACGAGCUCGCGAAGCGGGACCCGAACUCGCUGCACCAGGCGACGGUGUACUACGCGCUCGUGUCCGACACGGGCGGGCCGCGGCUGAAGUACAAGCUGCUCGCCGCGAGCUACGCAAUCGUGGCCCUCCAGGCGUUCGUUGCCAUUGGGAUUUUUUGGGGCUCCAGUUUCCGGACGUGUAACUACCACGACGACUGCGUUCGCGGCAUGUGGUGCAAGAGGGACAAAACGACUGGCGGCGGGUUUUGCGACAAGUGCAAGGGCGGGGACAACCGCGAGUGCUGCGGGAACUCCACGCGCAUUGGUGGGGAAUGCAGGAUAGACGUCGACGUGAAUCCGGGCAUGUGCGACGCCUGCACGAACGACGGCGGGGAAUUCAUCAACUACAGGCCCGUACUCCGAGACAACAUCAACGCCAUGAUGCCUCACGAUUGGGCGGCACUGCUCCUCGCGGCGGUCGUGGUCAGCUACGGGGUCUUCGGCGAGAUCCGCGACGCGACGCUGUGCCGCUUCGCCCUGCAGAGAAUCUGCGACGAGCGCGAAGUGGGUCGCGCCUGGCCAUGGGCCCUGCACACGCUGAACUAUCUGCGUCUUUUCGCGCUGGCGCCCUACAUCAUCGGAUGCGUCAUGGGACUCGUGGUGGUCGAGACAGGUAAUUCCAUCGCGAUUUGCUUGAACGCGGUGGCAAUUUUGUUCCUUGUGGAGCUCGACAAUCUUGCCUUUACGCACGCCCUGGACGAGUCGCUCCGGAUAGAAGCCGAGCAGCACGGCCGAAUACUUUUGACUAAAAACGAGGCGCGCAUCGUCGAUGCCAUCAAGACGGUGUGCGUGUUCUCUAUUCCCAUGGCGAUCCUGGGCGGCGUCGGAUCAAGCGACCCGUGGGUCAUUGUCGGCGUCUGCGCGCCCUUCCCGUGCAUGGUCGUUGCCCUGGUCCAGUCGGUCCAUGAGGCGAAGGACCGAUGGCGGGGAUUCGCCUGGGGAUUUGCCCGAGGACUGUUUGGGUGGAUCGUGUACUACUACGUGUUCUUCUCGUUUCCGGUGAUUACCGGGGUCUCGAACUACGAACACGACGAAAAAGCAAGUUAGGUAAGUCUAGUUAUGUGGUAGUUGUUGAACAGAGCUCCGAGUACGGCUCGUAGGGGGUCGGAGGUGCGCGGCGUCCGGCCAGCUCGGGAUCUGCUCGGGCUGCCAGAGCCUGGCAGGAGACGGCGCUGCGCGGCGCUGUGCGCGCUUCGUCGCAGAUGCUGCCCCAACGAAACUAAUCGAUCAAUCCGAGGCGUGGGCAUGGCUGCGCGCAACGUGAGUAAAGUGAGUCCAGGAGACGACGCCAAGGAUGUAGAGGCAGCGCCGCUCGGGAUGAUGCCUCACGCGCCGACGCUGCACCAUCUCGCGACGCGUGAGCCCACCAGUUUUCAUCAGACCACAAUUUACUACGGCCUUGUCCGCCAGGACACGCCGCCGCGGCGCAAGUACGGCCUGUUGGCCGCGUCGAUCGGAAUUGUAUUUCUGCAGUGCUUCGUCGCCACCGGACUAAGCACUGGUAUCUAUUACUUCACGUGCGCCGAACAUUCCGAUUGCACUUCACGUGGCAAUUUCUGCGAUUCAGGGAUUUGUGAUUGGUGCUACGAAUCAAUCCAUGAAGAGUGCUGCACCACCAACUCGACAGACACCUGCUGGCUGGACGGCAUCGAUAGAGAAGAUAUGUGCGCCGCGUGUACGGGCAGCAAAGGAUGGAUAAUUUUUCAGGACGUUGUGAAGGAUCGCGUCGACGCGAUGUUAAUACAAGAUUGGGUCACGCUAUUUUUGGCUUCGUUAGUCGUUUCAUUUGCCCUGUUCGCAGAGAUGCGGGACUGCAUGUUGUGCGAGAUCGCCUUGCGAGAAAUAUCAAAGCGGCGGGAAGUCCCACGAGGCUGGAGAUAUGCCAUCCGCGGCCUGAAUUUUGCGCGCUACUUUCUGCUGCUUCCAAGUAUAGUUAAUUCAGUCGUGGCGCUCGUACUUAAUGAUGGCGGGGCAGUUAAGCAUGUGUGCCUUAACACGGUGGCAGUUCUGUUCCUCUUAGAGGUGGAUAACCUGGCGUUUCUGCACGGUCUCGGCGAACGCACGCGGAUGGAAGCGGAGGAACAUGUUCAUUCAGGGGCACGCGUGACGGAAGAUGACCUGCAAACAAUGGGCCUCGUCAAAUUGAUAUGUGUGGUCCUCAUCCCGUGCGCGAUUUUCGGUGGCGUCUGCGGCUACGGCAUGGUCGCGAGCGAUCCUGACGAAUGCGGGAUACUGCUCGCCCCUCUACCGGCCAUUGUCGCGGUGUUCGUGCAACGUAUGAAAUCGAGUGGCCUUAAACUCAAGGAGGCCUGCUGCGGGAUCGGCUGGGGAUUUGCCGAGUGGUUCGUGUAUAUCGUAUGGGCCCAUUUGUUGUACAUGUUGCUAUUCUUCCAAGCUCACGGUGAGCGAAUGUUUGAUGAUGACUAG